UGCCUGAAGAUAUGACAACAAGCUUUGAUCCUAGUGAGCCAUCAUUAGAAUCGCUGAUAUGUGUGGUUGCCAUUGGACUGCUUACCAUUUUCUUAUUUCUUUGGAGAGGAUACCGAUCAAUUCAAAGCCGACUUUAUUUGAGUAAAGAGAAUAGACUGGCUGUGGAACUUGCAAUGGAAAUCAAAAAGAAAUGUGAUCUGAUUGACAAAGUGUGCCUUGCUCAAGAGGAGUAUGAAGGCUUAGAGUCAUCCUUAAAGGAGGCCAACUUUGACAAGGCAUCAACAGAAGUACAGAGUUUGAAGGAAAAAAAAAAAGCAACUUAUAAAAAUCUAGAAAGAGAUAAAUCUAAACUUGAAGAAGAAAUAUUACUUAUAGAGAAGAAACUAGAAGAAGAGAGAUCUAAACAUCAUGAAGAAGAGGAAUUGAUGAGUGACCUUUCAAAAAUGAUCCAGUCUCUAGCAGAUGAAUCACAGUCUGUCAAAUCACAGCUAGCUGAAGCCAAAACCACACUAAGAAUAUUUGAAAUAAAUAAAGAACGACUUAAAGGAGUAAUAACAGAUACCUUGAAUGAAAAUUCUCAACGUCAGGAAAGCAGAAGACAGUAUUUAGAAGAAGCUAAAGUCAUGAAAGAACAAAUGAAUCAACUCAAUAAACAGAAAAUAGCAAUCGAAGUAUCCAACGUACAGGCAGAGCAACUCCUAAAGGUUAAGGAAAAUCAGAUCAAGUCUCUGAUGGAGAGCCUGCUAAGGAUGAAAGACUGGAAUUCUGUGUUGGGGGAAGAUGUAACUGAUGAUGGUAAUCUGGAUGUAGAAGUGAACAAUGACUUAGAGAAUAACCCUAUAUUUCUCCAUUAUAACAACACAGCUCUUAAGUUCCAUAACAAAAGGGGAACUAUAGUAAGGUAUAGUAAUCAGCCUAAGGGAGCUUUGAGGAAGCUAAUAUAUGCUACUGAGUUAAGUGCUUCGUUAAAAACCCUAGAAGGAGACAGAAACCAAAUUUAUACUCAGUUAUCUGAAAUAGAUGCAACAAAUGAUGAUCUUACAGAGCAUAUGCGAAGUCUCAAGUCUGAACAAGUGUCUUUGCAGUCAGGUAAUACACAACUUGAAAUCGAGAAACAGAAGCUUCAAAGGAAAAUCACAGUGAUGAGGGAGCUGUACCAAGACAAUGAAAGGAUGCUUCACAGGUGAGAGAAAAUAACAGUGGAGGAAAAUUGUCGAUUGGAGAAAGAGGAAGAACUUUUCAAAGUCAACAAGAGAACCAACCAUGUGAACAAAGAACUAGACACCUAUAGACGGCGUGCCAAGGAUAUCGAAGAAGAAUUGGAGAGAACAAUUUGCUCCUAUCAAGUGCAGGUUAUGGCUCAUGAACAAAGGGAACAUGACUAUUGGCUGGAAGCUCGUGCUUUGGAAAGAAACGUCAAUGAAUUAAAGAGAAAAAAUGCUCUGAUGGGAGAAAUGUGUAUGAACCAAGGUGCUUUCCAUCUUAUCUUCGCCCAAGAGUUGGGUUCUUUCCCCCACUCCCAUAUCCUCCAGAAAACAUCUAUGGUGAUCAAUGUGGCUAUUUUCCUACAAGAAUCUUCCCUGGUCCACCAUUUCCCCCAAUGGCAGAAGGAAACGUUGCCCACCACUAGACCUCCUGAAAACAAUGCAGCUGGUCAUGGCUUGACUCCUCCACCUGUUCCCAGGCUUAGAGGCCCUAGAGGCUCUAGAGGUCCUAGAGGCCCUGCCUCUCAAUAUGAUCGAAGAGGCCGGAUCCCACCACCUCCUCCUCCAGGAAACAUCUGUAGAGGUCCUGGACAGUAUGUCCCACAAAAGAAAUUUGCAGGCCCACAGUUUCCUCCAAUGUCAGAUGCACCAGUCACUUCCACAUUGGAAUCUGGUAGCAGUGCCACCAAACAUGACCCUGUGAAGGCACCUUUGCCUAACUCUAGUCCUCCUGAAUGCAAUGCGGUUGGUCAUGACGUGAUUCCUCCACUGGAUCCUUUGGUCAGAAGUCCUAGAGGCCCUGCCUUUCCAGGGAAUCCAAGAGGCCCAAUCCUGCCUCCACCUCCUCCUGGAAACAUCUGUGGAGAUUCCGGACAGUAUAUCACACCCAGGGACUUUGCAGGCCCACCUUUCUCUCCAGUGCCAGGUUCUCAUGGUGCUUUGGGGACCCUAAUGAGGAAUACUAUUGUAUUUGUGUCCAGUUGUUCUCUGUACUGGCCAGGGGGAGUGGAACAUGUCAGGGUCACUUGGAUCUGGAAACAGUCGUGGGAUAAAAAGGCAAGUGUGCCCAACUAUGUCCCUGCUGAAUGCCAACCAGCUGGCCAUGGCUUGAUUCCUCCACUUGUUCCCAAGGUUAGAGGCCCUGGAGGCCCUGCCUUACCAGGUGAUCCUAGAGGACAGAUCCCACCAAGUCCUCCACCAGGAAACACCUGUGCAGAUCCUCAACAGUAUGUCCCAAUAAGGGAUAUUGAAGGCCUGCAGUUUCUUCCAAUGCCAUGUAGGCUUUCUUUAAAGGGAGAAAUGUGUGCAAAUGAAGGGGAUUUCCAUCUUAUCUUCCCCCAAGUUUCGAGUUCUUCCACCACUCUUACAUCUCAAAGUAGAAAUGAGUUCUCUCCUGACUUGAAUCCUACUUCCAGUCAACCUGCACCAGAACCUCCAGCCUGCACUGGAACAUCUGGAGACAGAGGAGACCUGACCGAUUCCUCGGCAUCCAUUUUCUUUUUAGAUGAAGUUUAG